UUGGGAUGCAAGCACUAUCAACGUGCCACUAAACUACAGGCUCAUUGCUGCGGUCGCUGGUUUAGUUGCCGAUUUUGCCACGACGAGGUGUCUGAUCAUAAUAUCAUUAGAACAUUUACAACCACAAUGAUGUGCAUGUAUUGCAACACUGUCCAACCAGCCGGACAGACGUGUAUCAAUGCCACAUGCGGUAAAAAAGUAGCUCUUUACUACUGUCACGAGUGUAAGCUGUGGGACAAUGAUCCUAAAAAGAGUAUCUACCAUUGCAAGGAUUGUGGAAUCUGUAGAAUUGGAAAAGGGCUUGGACAAGACUAUUUCCACUGCAAAAAAUGCAACGUUUGCAUGGCCAUUAGCUUGAUAGGUCGCCACAAAUGCAUUGAACGCAAUCUUGAAAGUGACUGUCCAAUCUGUGGAGAGUAUAUGUUUACAUCUACCACUACAGUCAUUUUUAUGCCAUGCGGACACUGUAUCCACUUCAAAUGCCAUCAAGAGUAUAUCCAAACAUCGUAUCAAUGUCCAACCUGCUUCAAAUCAUUGGCUAAUAUGAGCGAGUACUUUAAGCGAGUGGAUGCAAUGCUUGCGCAGCAUGAGAUGCCACCUGAAUAUGCAAAUAUUCAAAGUCAUGUCUACUGUAACGACUGUGAAAAAAAAUCCAAUGCCAAGUUCCACUUUUUAUACCACAAAUGC